AGCUGAGGGAGAGAGAGAUGCUCCGUGACCGAGAGCUGAUGAAGGAGAGGGAGAGGGAGCGAGUGGAAAUGCUGGAGCGAGAGCAGGAGAGGGAGAGGGAGAGAGAGAGGCUGAGGGAAGUGGAGGAGAGGAGAAGCCGGUACGGUCGAGAGCACGAGUUUGUGAGGGAGCGUGAGGUUGUGUUGAGGAGCAGCAACCGAGACUUUGAGGAGGAGAGGGAGUUCUAUGCAUCAAGAGUACGGCCGGAGCUGGACACCCGAGUGUUGCCUGUGGAUGACCGCCGGGCUUAUGAGGAAACUGCCUAUGACCACUUCCAGAGUGAGAGGGACAGAGCUCGCUAUGAGUCAGGUCGCAGCCGCUAUGAGGAACUGGCUCUGCAUGACCGCCGGGCCCUUCCCCCCUUGGACGACCGGUGUGCUGACCGCCGCGCUCCCCCCAUAGAUGCUCGUUUCUCUGAUGAACGCAGGCGGAGUGCCAGCAGCCUGGAUCCACGUGUGCACGAUGCCUGGAUGGAGGAGCAGAGGGAGCUGGAACGACUGGAGCGCUCAGAUCACUACCCUCCCCACGUGGCUCCCCUGCGGCACCGGCACCAGCCUGAGUGGCCCUCCAGCCGCACUGCCGCUUCCUGGGACCGGCACAAGCACUCCAGGCACGAUGAGUGGCCAGAUGAGUACGGGCGCGGUGCCAGCGGCAGCAGCAGCCGAGCAGCUGAGUGGGGGGAGGAGCCCCACGACUGGGUGGAUGACCGUGUGGUGUCCUCCUCCCUCCACCAGGACCAGUGGAGCCAGCACUCCCGACGUAGUUACAGGGAUGAGUGGGCUGCCCGUGAAGCUGACUGGGUGGAACAUGGACCACCGCCUUACCCCAGCAGUCGGGACCUUCUACCCUCGGCCUCCCAGAGCAUGUCUCUCAGCCGGGAGCGAAGCCAGCAGCCUCCAGUUGGGCGCCGCUCACGCCGGGAGAUUGUGGAGCAUAGCCUUGAGCCUCCAGGACACCACCACAUUGAGGAGGAGCCGAUGGAGGCCAGUCUGCUGCACACCCGGGGAGGAGAAAUGACCAGCCCACCACCCUCAGACCAGGACCAAGCACACAUGUCGGGCAACGAUGGGGAACUGUGGGAGUAUGACCCAGCCAAAGGGUCAUGGGUGCGUCGUGCUGCCGAUGCCACCCCCAGCAUGGCUUCAGAACGAGAACUGCUGCUGAAGAAGGACAAGUCUGCAGCUGAUAUUGUUCCAGAGGAGGGUGUAGUGGAAGACAGGAAGCGUGGCCUCUCAGAGGACAGGAAGAGAGGGCCUUCUGAGGACAGGAAGCGAGGGCCUUCAGAGGACAGGAAGCGGCCGGGUCCGUUGGAGGACAGGAAGCGUUCAGGUCCUGCUGAGGAGGAGAGAACCAGCGAGGAGCCAGAGACGAAGAGGCAACGCACUGAGUCUCCCCCACCGGCACCGUCACAGCCACCCAAGGAGGAGGUGGCAAAGACAGGGGCAGCAGUAACAACACCAGAAGCAGCACCAGCACAAGCACCAGCACCAGGACCAGCAGCAACACCAGCAACACCAACAGCCCCAGUGCUGGAGGAGAAGGACACAUUCAGUGACAUCAGUGAUGAUGUAGAUGACAUCCUCAACCAGGAGGUUGUCGGGUUUAAUGAGGACGACAGCCGGAACAUCAGUGCCUCACAUGUUGAGGAGUCAAGGAACCUCAGCCGUGAAAAUGCCCCAUCUUAUGAAGAGCUUGUGGAGGAAGACGAGGAAACCCACCUGGAGGAGAUCAGCGAUGAUGAGCUGGAGGAGGAUCGCCAAGCCAAAUUCAAUGUUGCCGGUGCCCUGGACAUCAAUUGGGCAGUGCUGGUGAGGGACACCAACAAGCCAUCAACUAAUGAGGUGGCUGCUGGCACAGCUCUCAAGCGGUUCAAGGCACCCCACCUGCUGGCUCGUCUGGGAGUGUCCACCAGGUUUGCUAGGCCUGAGGUGAUCCAGAGCAUUAAGGAAGCUUGUGCUGCCCAAAGUGACUCAGAGACAGAGAAGGUUGAGGUCUCAGCUGUCAUUGAGUGCAGCGGUGUGGCACGGCUGCUGAAGGCCCGGAGUCAGGAGCGCCAGAGGAUCCUUGAUGGCAUUGGCCCCAACAGGAAAGCUCUUUGUGCUCGCCAGGACAUUGAGCUGAGGCGGCAGCUGUGCAACCUUCCUCGGCAAGACCUUGUUGGGGAAAGUCCACUCCUUGAUCGAGAUUUGUUCCGACAGUCACUGGCUCUCUUGAAGUCAUGCUGAGGAGGGACUGAACUGCACCUCAUUGGCUUUGUGUACCUGUUGUGUUUCCUGCCAGUGUUUUGUAGACAGGGACAUGUGCAUUAUCAGAGAUUUAAACCAUCACAGUAGAAUGCCCCAGUGUAAAUCAAGAAGGGACAAGAUGUUCACUGCAGGAAGAUAAUAGACAGACAGACAAGAAGUUAUUACAUGAGUUAUGAUAAAAAUGUGUAGUGGCAGGACAAUGAAGGCUAAUGAAAAGCACUUAUGGUCUGAUUGAUAUUGUCACUUAACCUAUGAUUGUCCUGUCAGAUAAAUGUAUUAGUUUAUUUCAGCACUCACCUAUGACAGUUUGUGUCAUAAAUCACACAAGAAAUAUCUUUAUAUUACCCCCUCCUUUGAUGGGAUGGACAGCUUGGUCUGCUGUGAAUUUGUAGCAGGCAAUGUGAACCAGACCCAGCAGACUGUAUGACUUGAUGUAUGUAAAUAGAGAGCUGAUGAAUUUGAACUGUGAGCAGACUUUUCUAUUCUGGAUGAUUUUGGUCAAGUGUGAUUUGAGAAUGCAGUAUUUUUUUUUUCUUUUUUUUUUUUUCUUUUUAUGGAAUAAACUCAUCAAAUGAA